AAGUUCAUGGCCUCCCAAAAGGUUGCAUGUCUAGGGAAAGCAUCCAACUCAUCGGGUCACUAUUUCCCCGUUUAAUCUCAUGGGACCAAUCUACCUUGGGUGGCCUGGAAAGCUUCUUACGCUUAAGGGUUGAAAUUGACGUUCAAAAUCCUCUUCCCAUAGGUUUCCAAUUCCAACAACAAAGAGAUGAAAUUUGGCAUGCUGAGUUUAAGUAUGAAAAACUUGUUGAUUUCUAUUAUAGCUGCAGGCGGCUAGGCCAUACCAACAAAUCAUGUGCUGAUUUCAACCAGAAGGAUAAUGACAGCAAUCAUCCCAUUCAAGUUAGGCCGCAAUAUGGGCCACAGUUAAGGGUUGCAACGUAUUCGCCUAAAAGGCAAUUUCGCUCCAUUAGGGAAGGGAACACCUAUCACCAAAAUCACCAUGCUAAACUAUUACCCGAAGCCACAAACAAAUCUCAGACUGGAUGUUCAUUACUGCCGACACACUCGGCUCAACAGAACACAGUGGUGAAUGAAGAAGAACCCUCUGAAUUGGGACGUGUUGAACAGCAAGAGGAAGAGCGCGUGAACUCAUCUACCCUUUCGUUGUCAACUCCAGCUUUUAAUGAGAUGGAGAUGCAGUCAUAUAGGGGUAUGAUUACCAUUCCUGAUAUUAGUGCAGAGUCCUCAUCUUUAUCAUCUGCCACACACCAGCAAACACCUCCUCCAUUAAAUGCGAUGAUGACCACUCUGCAGUUAUCAGCUCUACAUAAACAUCUACACAUCCCACCUGACAUCCAAGAUCAGGCCAUUGGAUGUGUAGAAGACUGUUGCAGUGUGGAAUUGGGCUUAUUACUGUCCCAAAAGGUUGAAGCCCAGCUCUUAUUGGGUAGUAACAUUUCAACUGGGAAAAAACGAAGAUGUGACACUGGGCCUUCUAUUGAAGCGGUUAAGCGGGCUUGCAUUGCACACAAUGAACUCCUUGGGCUACAAUACUUCCCAACCCCACUACAAGACUCCAUAGCAUUGGGAAGGCCUGAAUCUUAUCAACAGGAACAAAAGCUAAUGGCACUGGCCCGCCAAGUCAAGCUCCAACCAGAUCCUUGCUUGUCGUUGAACCAACAGUUCCAUCCAACUCACAGACUCCUCAAUGAACCCCUUGUUACCCCCAUGAUCUUUACUACAACUCAUGCUCCAGGUACUCCUUCUACAUAUCUCCUAAACUCUCCAUCAAGAACAACCGAGCAACUUCUUGAUGCUAUGGCUAAUGUGGCAUCAGUGGCUGGCCCAUGGCAGCCACCCUCACCGACAUGAAGAUUCUUUCUUGGAACUGUCAAGGCCUUGGGCAAGCCUUGACGAGAAAGAGCACUUAAUGAUCUCAUUUUUAAACAUUGCCCGUGCUUGGUGUUUUUGAUGGAGACCAAAAAGAAUAAGAAAUACUUGGAGCGAUU